AUGCGCUGGCAGAAAGCUCGCGUGGGUCACAGGGGGCGAGCCGUGCAGCGGCUCGAAGUGAGAGCAUUCAAGACGCCGCAGCCGACGCUCGAAAGCACGACAGAGGUGGAUGCCAAGGCCUCUCGCCAACCACUACCUCCUGAACACCAAGCGCGUAUAGCAAGCAAACAUGACAGCAAGGGGCGCCACUUCUACUACUCACGUAUGAGGAAUGCGGAUGCGUUUGCUCAUCAUGACGUCGUGGCUAGGGAGAGCCGAGCCGAGCCGAGUCGAGCCGAGCUCCUUGAUACUGGACAACGCGAUUCGUAUGGCGGCAAGAUUUAG